GGAUGUUAUUCUGGCUCUGUGCUUCGUAUGAUCAGUUACAUCGCGACCUAACUAUAUAGAUGACCUAAAUCUGUUAUAAUAGCCUGAUGAAUUCCAGUGCUUCGUAUGAGCUCUGUUUAAUGAAAUUUCUUAUUUUAAUACAUUCGCUGUAAAUUAGACUUUUAAUUAUUGAAUAUUUUCUUACCUUUUGGUACAAUGACUUGCAAAUUAUGGCGCUAUUCGCCGAGUUCGGGUUUGCGAAUAUUCUCAUCCACCGCCAUAGGACCAACAUUCCCGCAAUUUCUUCUUGCUUCUGCUUCAACGUGCACUUCGGCGCAACGUUUUUCCACGACAUCCAAAUAUUCAUCAGAGAAUAUCAUCAGCUCACCGCUACCUGAAAUAACAAACAAGUUUCCACAGCUGAAGAAUUACAGUCAACUGUACGAUUUCUCAUUGAGGGAGUCGGACCAGUUCUGGGGAACCCUUGGCUCUGAACUCCUGCAGUGGAACGAACCCUUCACAACUGUCAGCAGACACGACCACAAGUCCUCCACCUUCAGGUGGUUCCAUGACGGCAAACUCAACGCUGCAGUGAACUGCGUCGACCGUCAUGCUGCCGAGCACCCUGACCGCGUGGCUCUGAUCUGGGAGCGAGACGAGCCAGGGCACGAGCAACGUGUCACCUACAGAGAGCUACAGGAGAUGGUGUGGCGCGUGGCGGGAGUGCUGACAGAGAGUGGCGUGUCAGCAGGCGACCGUGUGGCGAUAUAUCUGCCUGUGUCGCCUGUGGCUGUGGCUACGAUGCUGGGGUGCGCCCGCAUCGGAGCCGUCCACUCUGUCGUAUUCGCUGGCUUCUCGGCCCAGGCUCUCGCAUCCAGGAUACAAGACGCCGGGGCUUCGGUGCUGGUGACGGCGAACAGCUCGACGCGGGGAGGCCGCCUCAUCCCCCUGCAGGCGACGGCACGCGCCGCUGUGGCGCUCUGUCCCGGCGUGAGGCAGGUCUUCGUCAUGCCACACUCCCCCCAGCCCCUCGAGCUCGCUGACAACGAGGUCGACCUCGAGAGAGCGAUGUCGGCAGUGCAGACAGCUCCUCCCCCGUCAGUACAGGGGGCGGAAGACCCUCUCUUCCUCCUCUACACUUCGGGCAGCACAGGCAAGCCCAAGGGGCUCGUGCACACCACCGCAGGCUACCUCCUGUACGCCGCCCUCACCCACAGAUUAGUGUUUGACUACAAGCCUGGUGACGUGUUCGGCUGUGUCGCCGACAUUGGCUGGAUCACAGGACACAGCUACGUGGUGUACGGCCCCCUCCUCAACGGCGGCACCACCGUCCUCUUCGAGAGCACGCCCGUCCACCCAGAUGCUGGUCGGUACUGGGAAACUGUAGAACGCCUUCGCAUCACCCAGUUCUACGGCGCCCCUACGGCCAUCCGCCUUCUGCUGCGCUUCGGUGACGACUUCGUCAAGAAAUACGACAGGUCGUCGCUGCGGGUGCUGGGGUCUGUGGGUGAACCUAUCAACUCAGAGGCAUGGCGGUGGUACUACGACGUGGUGGGUGAUGGUCGCUGCACGGUGGUCGACACCUGGUGGCAGAGUGAGACGGGGGGCAUCAUGAUUCAUAUGACUGUCCCCCAGAGACGGGGGUCAGGUACUGUGCUGUGCUGUGCGGUGCUAUCCGAUAGUCAGGGCAAGCCGGUUUAUGACUCAGGCGCGACAGGGGCGCUGUGCGUGAGCUCUAUAUGGCCGGGCAUCGCGCGCACCAUCCACGGCGACCACCAGCGCUACCACGACACUUACUUCGCCCCCUACGCCGGCCUCUACUUCUCCGGCGACGGCGCCCGCAGGGACGACGAGGGCUACUUACACAUUACCGGCCGCAUGGACGACGUCAUAAACGUCUCCGGACACAGACUCGGCACUGCAGAAGUUGAGGAUGUCAUGAUGGAGCACCCGGAAGUGUCGGAGACUGCAGUGGUGGGCUGCCCUCACGCCCUCAAGGGCGAGACCAUCUUCGCCUUCCUGGUACUGAAGGAGAACUCGGCCAGCCCCCAGCACAAGAUCGAGACCGAGCUCCGGGAGAGCGUCAAACACAACAUUGCCAGCUAUGCAGUACCUGAGUUCAUGCUCAUUGCUCCUGCGCUGCCGAAGACGCGGUCCGGCAAGAUCAUGAGGAGACUCCUACGGCAGAUCGCCAAGGGCAACCUCGAGGAUCUCGGAGACACGUCCACCCUGGCCGACCCGGCGGCCGUUGAAACCGUCCUUAAACUUUACCGUCAGAUGCCUGUGAAGCCGACCUCGUGAUGUCCGUGCCUUCAUUUUUAGAAUCUUUUUAAGAUCUGACAUUUUUCAUGCUUCAAACUAUCCUUUUCCAUCAUGUAUAUGACGUAAACAUGAUAUGCUGUUUUUAAUAUCGAACUUGUUCACGCUUGCUGCUCUAGACCCACUAUAUUGAAAUUAUAAUUGUUAUCUUAUAUUCCUACCCAAUUCUUAACUCGUAAAAAAAAACGUGUAUCGUUUAAACUUUAAAGCUCGUCGGUUUAUGCCUGAAUGUGUCUCAACUUAUGUACUCGCUAUAGUUUUAAUUGAGAACUACCGGUGCAUGAAAUGUUUUUUUAGCGCAUGUUUUUAGCGCAUUUUCUCAUUUAUGGAAAAAAAAUCGCUAUUAUUUAAUUAAUAAUAAUCGUACAGACUGACCAGUUUAUAUACCACAAGAUCAGUGAAAGUAAAUAACGACCCUCAAAAAUUUAUUUAAUUUUGUGCCAGCAUGUUCUAUUAUAUGAGCUCAAGCUUGGCGACGGAAAGGAUUGUAGCUUUCUGGGCUGCCCGUGGCAGUGGCACAUUUUAGUGCAGUUGCUAUCCCUAUUUUUUAAUGAUCCCUUUCCAAAUGUCUUUAAAUGCGGCAAGAUUCAUUUGUAGGAUGAGAAUUGUUCUUCCCAGUAUUUUACUCCUCCUGAAGGUAUUAAGAUUCGUCGCAUUGCGUUCUUGAACACCUAAAAUAUCUUGUGAUCAGGACCUACAUAUUAUAUUUCUGUUAUUUCACUUUUAACCUGUAUUAUGUCUCUAGACAGCUAAUAUAUUUUCUAGUAUCAUUAUUUAUACCUCAAUAUCCAUCAAUUCUACAAGUUUGUAAUAAUAUAAAUAAUGAUCGGUUCAGCUUCUAAUAAUGGAGAGCAAAUUCACUUCCGAAAUUGUAUGAUCAACUUAAACCUCUCUCAUCAAAUCGAGUAUUGAUGCAAUGCGUCGAAAUGGACAAUAGUGGUUGAUCCUGUGUCGCUCAUCAAUGUCAAUAAAAAUGUCUAUUUUUUCACUAAUCAUCGUUCAUGUUGCUUUUUUAAACUUCAAACAACUCUCUGUCCAUAUAUACGUUUAUUCUGCUAACUAGUUAUGUACGUGACUAUUCGCGCCCCGUUCUAUCGUGUUAGUUAUUGAACAAUGAAAUCCUUUUAUUGCUUAAUUUAACAUCAGAGCGUCUGAUACCUGAAUAGACUGUUAUUGAUAAUUUCUCGAUUUGGAUGAAAUUGUUUCUAUAUAAAGCCGGCGACACGGUACUGUGAGGAAAUAGGUUUCAUCAAUAGAACUCUUUUUAUAUGUACUUAAACAAUGCAUACAUGACUUUCCAUAUUUUAAGUUGUGGGCCAUGUUAAAUAAAUUAUGUUAAAAUAAAUAUUGCAAUAGCAAUAUUUAUUAUU